GUCAAACAAAUUUUAGUUUUCAAUAACAGUUCGUGAGGAUAUUUUUAGGAACCAAAAAACAAUGAGCGCAUUGCGGAAAGAGGCUUUGAAGCUGUACAAAACACUGCAACGCACCAAGGAUCAAGUUUUCAAGGGAGAUCGCAGAACCAUCGAAGCCGCUCGGCAACGAAUACGGGAAGAGUUUGUAAAAAACAAGGAUCUGCAAAGCGAGAAGGAUAUCCGAGAGAAAUUGAAGAUUGCCCAAGAUGUAGACGUAGAACUACGCAGCACAGUGGUGCAAGCCGUGAAGGUCGAUGAGAACCUCUAUCAAGCCAAAAUCACUGGAGAUACUAAAAAGCUGGACAAUGUUAUGUUUGACCCGAAUGCAAAGCUUCCUCCACCAAGAAGUAAAAAAUGCAGUGAUAGAGGAAAAUAGUAAAUUAUAAAUCUAGUCGAAAUUGUAUAUAGAUAAUUAGUAUAAAAGAUUGUUAAAACUUGUGCUUCAUUGUCUCGUUAUGAUUUUAAUGUAAGCGUUGAUUUCUAA